CCACCACCACUGGGCCAUUACUGGAGUGACAUUCAUUCUAUUUUGAGUCUGGAUUUGAUGCAACAAGCAACAAGUAGAUGAGAUUUUAAAAUAAGCAGAAGUCACUGAAAAGAUUCUUGGCUGAACCCUGAUUUGAGAGGAAGAGUUGACUGAGAGUAUUCUUGUCAAGGUUCAUCCCCAGGAGAAUAUCCACGAGGAAGAGAAGAACUCUGGGUUCUUUACCCCAGCCCUCAAGAAAGCUAUGCCGUGAAAAGGCUUCUCAUCCAUCGACACUCAGCAAACUGGACUGGGUACCAAUCGUUUCUUUUAGAGGUGGAGUAAAGAUCGGAAUUUACGUAUCCAUUGUGGUUGAAGGAUGGCUUCCCAGUUCCAUCAGCUUCGGAUUCUGGUCUGGAAAAAUUGGCUAGGUGUCAAAAGACAGCCGCUUUGGACACUUGUCUUGAUUUUAUGGCCAGUCAUUAUUUUCAUAAUUUUGGCUAUUACCAGGACCAAAUUCCCUCCAAAAGCAAAGCCAACUUGUUACCUUGCUCCUCGAAACCUUCCUAGUACUGGCUUCUUCCCAUUUCUGCAAACCCUACUCUGUGAUACAGACUCUAAAUGCAAAGACACACCCUAUGGACCCCAAGAUCUGCUACAUAGGAAAGGGAUUAAUGAUGCACUGUUGAAAGACAGUGGAAUUCUGAGAAAGUCAUCCAACGUGGAGAAGGACAGCAAUUUAUCACUGCAGAGCACUAAAGUUCCAGAAAGGAGGCACGCAUCACUGGCUACAGUAUUUCCCAGUCCGAGUUCUGAUUUGGAAAGUACUGGAACAGAUACGUUCAAUGGUAGUCAGCUGCUUACACAGAUUCUUACCCUGGAAAAGCUAUUAAAACAAAAUUCCACAUCUGAAGAUAUACGAAGAGAACUGUGUGAGAACUACCCAAGAUACAUUGCUGAUUAUGCUUUCUCUUGGACAACUCUAGGGAAAAAUGUUUUUAGCAAAUUUUGCCUGUUCAACACAACCCUCUUAGAGUCUACUCUCCAAGAACUAUCAAACCAGUUGUCUCAGAUAUCAAGUGAUCCCAACAACCAGAAGACAGUAUUUCAGGAAAUGGUCAAAGUCCUGUCAUUCUUCUCACAAGUACAAGAGGAGUCAGCAGUGUGGCAGUUUCUCUCCAGUUUUCCAAACGUGUUCCAAAAUGUCACAACACUGAACAGUCUAUUUGAUGUUCUACGUAAUGCAAACAGUGUGCUGCUGGUCGUGCAGAAGGCUUAUCCACGUGUCAUAGCUAACGAAGGUUUCCGAACUCUCUACAAAUCUGUUAAACAUCUGCUGUACACUCUGGACUCCUCAGUUCAAGGCAAUUCCAAUAAUACAACACACAUGUGGAGUGAAGAUGAUGGACAGUCUCUGUCUCCAAGCAGCCUGGCCGCACAGCUCCUUAUACUGGAAAACUUUGAAGAUGCUCUCUUAAAUAUAUCAGCAGAUAGUCCUUACGUCCCUUACUUGGCAUGUGUGAGAAAUGUCACCGACAAUUUAGCCAGAGGAUCACAAGAAAAUUUAAGACUCCUGCAGUCCACAAUUCAAUUUAAAAAAUCUUUUCUUCAAAACGGUUCCUAUGAGGAUUAUUUCCUGUCAGUUCCUGAAGUUCUGAAAUCAAAACUUUCUCAGCUACGAAACUUGACUGAACUUCUUUGUGAAUCUGAAACUUUCAAUUCAAUAGAGGAAAUGUGCCCGCAAUCUAAUAUGAACUUUGGGAACCUGUGUGAAGAAAGCGUAUUUGAUGUGCGACUCCUUGAAGCAGCAGAACUUAGCACUGAAAUAACAACCAGCUUACUGGACCGUGACAAUGUCAUAUCUAAAAAUCUGAGGGAUUUGCUUACUGGGGAUCCAAGCAAAAUUAAUUUAAAUAUGGAUGAGUUUCUUGAAAAGGCGUUGCAAAUGAAUUACUUGGAAAAUAUCACACGGUUAAUGCUAACCAUAGAAACCAUGCUGCAUGUAAAUAGUAGUAGAGAUGUUACCAAAAAAACAGGUCAGUUAAUAGAAAUGUUUAAAAAUGUUGAAGAGCUCAAAGAAGAACUGAGUAGAACAGGAAUGUCCAACAGAAGUACUGACAAUUUGCUGGCCAUUCCCAUCCCCAGUAAUAGAGCUGAGAUUAUUUCUCAUGUGUUCUGGUUGCAUUCUUGUGAUGCUAAUAGAACCAGUCCCAAGCUGGAAAAUGCCAUGAAGGAAUUCUGCAGCCUGCCUCUCCCAGAGAGAUCCCACCAGUCUUACCUGAUUGGACUCACCCUUCUACACCACUUAGAUGUUUACAACUUCACAUACAUGGUCUUUUUCCCUAGGGAAGAUCAAAAGCCAGUGGAAAAGAUGAUGGAACUCUUCAUAAGACUAAAAGAGAUUCUCAAUCAGUUGGCUUCUGGCACUAGUCCGCUGCUAGACAAAAUGAGGUCCCUGAAACAAAUGCAUCUGCCCAGAAGUGUCCCAUUAACACAGGCUAUAUACAGAGGCAACAGAAUGAACACACCCCAAGGAUCAUUUAGUACCAUUUCACAAGCUUUGUGUUCCCAAGGAAUUACCACAGAAUAUUUAACUGCCUUGCUCCCCUCUUCCCAGAGGCAAACAGGCAACCGCACAGAGGAUAUGUUGACUUACAAUUUAAGUAAAGAGCAAAUUGCUGCCAAGUAUGGAAUCCCUAUAAAUACCACACCAUUUUGCUUCUCCCUUUAUAAAGACAUCAUUAAUAUGCCCGCUGGACCUGUAAUUUGGGCAUUCUUGAAACCGAUGUUACUGGGAAAGAUUUUAUAUGCUCCAUAUACCCCCACCACAAAGGCAAUAAUGGAAAAGUCUAACAUAACUCUGAGGCAGCUGGCGGAAUUAAGAGAAAAAUCUCAAGAGUGGAUGGAUAAGUCACCACUGUUCAUGAAUUCCUUCCACCUGCUAAACCAGACAAUUCCAAUGCUCCAGAAUACUCUAAGGAACCCCUUUGUGCAAGUUUUCAUAAAAUUCUCUGUGGGACUUGAUGCUGUUGAACUAUUGAAACAAAUGGAUGAACUUGAUGUUCUUAGGAUGAAAUUAGAGAACAGCAUUGACCUUGUUGAUCAUCUCAACACGCUCUCUACUCUGACAGUAAAUAUUUCCUCCUGUGUGUUGUAUGAUCGUAUACAGGCAGAAAAAACCAUAGAAGAAAUGGAGAUCAAGGCUCAAAAGCUGUACAAAAGAAAUGAGCUCUUUGGAAGUGUUAUUUUUAAGCUCCCAUCUAAAAGAAGCCUGCACAGGGGCUAUGACUCUGAAAGUGUCUCUCUUCCUCCUGUUGUAAAAUACACAAUCCGCAUGAGCCUCAAGACUGCACAGACCACAAGAAGCAUAAGAACCAAGAUUUGGGCCCCAGGACCACACAACUCUCCCUCACACAACCAGAUCUAUGGCAGGGCUUUUAUUUACUUGCAAGAUAGUAUUGAAAGAGCUAUUGUAGAAUUGCAGACUGGCAGGAACUCCCAGGAAAUAGCAGUCCAGGUCCAAGCAAUUCCUUACCCCUGCUACAUGAAAGACAACUUUUUAACCAGUGUCUCUUAUUCUCUUCCAAUUGUGCUCAUGGUUGCCUGGGUUGUAUUUAUAGCAGCAUUUGUAAAAAAGCUUGUGUAUGAGAAAGAUCUUAGACUUCAUGAGUACAUGAAGAUGAUGGGUGUGAAUUCUUGCAGUCAUUUCUUUGCCUGGCUUAUCGAGAGUGUUGGAUUUUUACUGGUUACCAUCAUCUUCCUCAUUAUUAUACUCAAGUUUGGCAAUAUUCUCCCUAAAACAAAUGGGUUCAUUUUGUUCCUGUAUUUUUCGGACUACAGCUUCUCAGUUAUUGCUAUGAGCUAUCUUAUCAGUGUCUUCUUCAACAACACCAACAUUGCAGCUCUCAUUGGGAGUCUCAUCUACAUCAUUGCCUUUUUCCCAUUUAUUGUUCUGGUUACAGUUGAGAAUGAGUUGAACUACGUAUUAAAAGUAUUCAUGAGUCUGCUGUCCCCAACAGCCUUCAGUUAUGCCAGUCAAUACAUCGCACGAUAUGAGGAGCAGGGUAUUGGUCUUCAGUGGGAAAAUAUGUACAGUUCUCCAGUUCAGGACGACACCACCUCAUUUGGUUGGCUGUGCUGUUUUAUCUUGGCUGACUCUUUUAUUUAUUUCCUGAUUGCCUGGUAUGUCAGGAACGUUUUUCCAGGGACAUAUGGUAUGGCAGCUCCGUGGUAUUUUCCAAUCCUUCCCUCCUAUUGGAAGGAGCGAUUUGAUUGUGCAGAAGUAAACCAUGAUAAAAUCAAUGGCCUUAUGUUUACAAAUAUUAUGAUGCAGAACACCAAUCCAUCUGCCAGUAAGACAAGUCCUGAGUGCAUGUUCCCCUCAAACAUUGAACCUGAACCUAAAGAUGUCACAGUUGGUGUUGCCCUGCAUGGAGUCACAAAGAUCUAUGGUUCAAAAAUUGCUGUUGACAACCUCAAUCUGAACUUUUAUGAAGGGCAUAUUACUUCAUUGCUGGGACCCAACGGAGCUGGGAAAACGACAACCAUCUCCAUGUUGACUGGACUGUUUGGAGCCUCAGCAGGUACCAUCUUCGUUUAUGGAAAAGAUAUUAAAACAGACCUAAACACCGUUCGAAAGAACAUGGGAGUCUGCAUGCAACAUGAUGUCUUGUUUAGUUACCUUACAACAAAGGAACACCUUCUCUUGUAUGGCUCCAUCAAAGUGCCUCACUGGACUAAAAAACAGUUGCAUGAGGAAGUGAAAAGGACAUUAAAAGAUACAGGGCUGUAUAGCCAUCGUCAUAAGAGAGUUGGAACAUUGUCAGGAGGAAUGAAAAGGAAGCUAUCCAUCUCCAUCGCUCUCAUUGGAGGGUCAAGGGUGGUCAUUUUGGAUGAGCCAUCUACUGGAGUUGACCCAUGUUCUCGCCGAAGUAUAUGGGAUGUUAUCUGCAAGAACAAAACUGCCAGAACAAUCAUUCUGUCAACGCACCACUUGGAUGAGGCUGAAGUACUGAGCGAUAGAAUUGCCUUCCUGGAACAGGGUGGGCUGCGCUGCUGUGGGUCACCCUUCUACCUCAAGGAGACUUUUGGGGAUGGCUACCACCUCACACUCACCAAGAAAAAGAGUCAAAAUCUAAAUGCAAGUGCAAUGUGUGACACAGUGGCUGUGACAACAAUGAUCCAGUCACAUCUCCCUGAAGCCUACCUGAAGGAGGACAUCGGGGGAGAGCUUGUUUAUGUGCUUCCUCCAUUUAACACCAACGUAUCAGGGGCCUAUCUGUCACUCUUGAGAGCACUGGACACUGGCAUGGGUGACCUGAACAUUGGCUGCUAUGGCAUUUCAGAUACCACAGUGGAAGAGGUCUUCCUGAACCUGACUAAAGAGUCACAAAAAACUAGUGAUAUACGUCUUGAGCACUUAACACAAAAGACCAUUGGGAGCUCCAGUGCCAAUGGCAUCACGACUCCUGAUGACCUAUCUGUGAGCAGCAGCAAUUUCACAGACAGAGAUGACAAAGUCCUGACCAGAGGAGAGAGGUUGGAUGGUUUGGGAUUGCUACUGAAGAAGAUAAUGGCCAUCCUCAUUAAAAGGUUCCACCACACCCGCAGGAACUGGAAAGGUUUCAUUGCACAAGUGAUCCUCCCCAUUAUCUUUGUGACUACCGCCAUGGGCCUUGGCACACUGAGAGAUUCCAGCAACACUUAUCCAGAGCUUGAGAUCUCUCCAUCUCUUUACGGUACCUCUGAACAGACAUCCUUCUAUGUGAAUUCGCACCCAAGCACAGAAGCACUGGUCUCUUCACUGUGGGCCUUCCCUGGCAUUGACAACAUAUGUUUGAAUAUUAGUGAUCCAAGGUGUUUAAAGGAAAAUAGUCUGGAAAAAUGGGACACCAGUGGAGAACCUAUUACUAAUUUUGGUGUUUGCUCCUGCUCAGAAAAUAUGCAGGAAUGUCCGAAAUUUAACUACUCCCCCCCUCACAGAAGAACUUACUCCUCCCAAGUAAUUUAUAACCUUACUGGACACCGCUUGGAAAAUUACCUUAUAUCAACUGCUAAUGAGUUUAUGCAAAAAAGAUAUGGAGGCUGGAGUUUUGGGCUGAAUUUAACUAAUGAUCUUCGUUUUGAUAUAACGGGAGUCCCUGCCAAUAGAACCUUGGCCAAGGUUUGGUAUGAUCCAGAAGGUUAUCACUCCCUGCCAGCUUAUCUCAACAGUCUGAACAAUUUCCUCCUUCGAAUUAACAUGUCACAACAUGAUGCUGCCCGACAUGGCAUCAUCAUGUAUAGUCAUCCUUACCCAGGAGUGCAAGACCAAGAACAAGCCACAAUGAGCAGCUUAAUUGAUAUUUUAGUGGCACUCUCCAUCCUGAUGGGCUACUCUGUCACCACAGCCAGCUUUGUCACCUAUGUUGUAAGGGAGCAUCAGACCAAGGCCAAGCAGUUGCAGCACAUUUCAGGCAUCGGUGUGACAUGUUACUGGGUAACAAACUUCAUUUAUGACAUGGUCUUCUACUUGGUGCCUGUAGUAUUUUCCAUUGGUGUCAUUGCAAUUUUCAAGUUACCUGCCUUCUACAGUGAAAACAAUCUAGGUGCUGUAUCUCUUCUCCUCCUGCUGUUUGGAUACGCCACGUUCUCUUGGAUGUACAUGCUGGCUGGGUUAUUCCAUGAGACAGGAAUGGCUUUCAUCACUUAUGUUUGCAUCAACUUGUUUUUUGGCAUCAAUUCCAUUGUCUCUUUGUCGGUGGUGUACUUUCUUUCCAAGGAAAAGCCUAAUGAUGCAACUUUAGAACUUAUUUCGGAAACCCUCAAGCGCAUUUUCCUGAUUUUCCCACAAUUCUGUUUUGGCUAUGGUCUGAUUGAACUUUCUCAACAACAGUCAGUCCUAGACUUCUUAAAAGCUUAUGGAGUAGAAUAUCCGAAUGAAACCUUUGAGAUGAAUAAACUAGGUGCUAUGUUCGUGGCUUUGGUUGCUCAGGGCACCAUAUUCUUUUUAUUACGACUCUUAGUAAAUGAAUGGCUAAUAAAGAAACUCAGACUGUUGUUAAGAAAAUUUCAUUCUUCACCUGUAAUGGAGACAAUAGAUGAAGAUGAAGAUGUGCGAGCUGAGAGAUUAAGAGUUGAAAAUGGUGCAGAUGACUUUGACUUGGUCCAACUUCAUCAGCUGACAAAGACCUACCAACUUAUCCACAAAAAGAUUAUUGCCGUAAAUAACAUCAGCAUUGGGAUACCUGCUGGAGAAUGCUUUGGCCUUCUCGGUGUGAAUGGAGCAGGAAAAACUACUAUCUUCAAAAUGUUGACUGGAGACAUAAUUCCUUCAAGUGGAAACAUUUUGAUCAGAAAUCAGUCUGGAUCACUGGGUCACGUUCACUCUCAUAGUUCACUGGUUGGUUACUGCCCUCAGGAAGAUGCCUUAGAUGACCUGGUAACCGUAGAGGAACAUUUGUAUUUCUAUGCCAGGGUGCAUGGGAUUCCAGAGAAGGAUAUUAAAGACAAUGUUCACAAACUCCUUAGGAGACUUCACCUGAUGCCCUUCAAGGACAGACCUACCUCUAUGUGUAGUUAUGGCACAAAAAGAAAAUUAUCCACUGCACUGGCCUUAAUAGGGAAACCAACCAUUCUACUCCUGGAUGAGCCAAGCUCUGGGAUGGAUCCUAAGUCGAAGAGGCACCUCUGGAAAAUCAUCUCAGAAGAAGUGCAGAAUAAGUGUUCUGUUAUCCUGACAUCUCACAGCAUGGAAGAAUGUGAAGCCCUCUGCACCAGGUUAGCCAUUAUGGUGAAUGGAAGGUUCCAGUGUAUUGGAUCUUUGCAGCACAUAAAGAGCAGGUUUGGACGAGGGUUUACUGUCAAGGUUCACCUGAAGAACACCAAAGUGAGCAUGGAAGCCCUCACAAGGUUCAUGCAGCUGCACUUUCCAAAAACAUACUUAAAAGAUCAGCACCUCAGCAUGCUCGAGUAUCAUGUACCAGUCACUGCAGGAGGAGUAGCAAAUAUUUUUGAUCUGCUAGAAACUAACAAGACCGCUUUAAACAUCACAAACUUCUUAGUAAGCCAGACUACUCUGGAAGAGGUUUUCAUCAACUUUGCCAAAGACCAAAAGUCCUAUGGAAUUGCAGAUACCAGUAGUCAAGCCUCCACCAUCAGUAUUGACUCACAGGAAGACCGGUUGUAGUUGUUAUACCUCCAGAAAACUCAAUGACAGCAAAGAGCCAAUGACUUCACUUUGAGCAAAAGCCACAGAAGAUGCCACUUCCUCAGAAAAUCUUCUUGUUAAAGUAUUAGACUGUACAGAAAGUUAUGAUUGUGUAAGACUCACAAACCUACAUAUGAAAGUUUUCCUUCUCAGGUCAGUGAUGCUGUUACUCCUGAUGGGAAUUCCUGAAUACUCAACACUACAAGUGUGCUCCUGGAUCUGCUGCUGAUUCCUGUGCAAGGAUGAAACCACCCGAAGAUGACUGUCCUAAUUUAUUACUCUCAAUAAAAAUUUCAAAAACACAA